CAGCGAUGGCGAUGGCUGUUUCUGCUGCUGCACUUUCCGGCGUGAAAUUCGAUACACUUCUCGUAAGUAAUGCUUCCAUAUCGACGAUCUCCUCUUCCCAAAUUCGUCUUUUCUUUAAGCCGAUUCGAGCUGCUAGGAUCUUCAAUAGAAAGAUUGGUUCGACAAUACGAUGUGAAGUAUCUUCCAAUGUAGCUAUUCAAGAUGGAGAUAAAUCUGAUUCGGAUUCGGAGAGACUCUCUAGUUCUCCAUCUUCUUCUUCUCUAUCUGCUCUCGAACUUCUCAAGACAUCCGAGGCAGAAAGAUACACAAAAGAAAAGAGCAGCAUCAUUGUCAUUGGGCUCAGUAUUCACACAUCACCAGUAGAAAUGCGGGAAAAACUUGCAAUUCCUGAGGAAGAAUGGCCUCGAGCAAUUGGAGAGCUUUGUAGCUUAAACCACAUUGAAGAAGCUGCAGUUCUUAGCACUUGUAACAGGAUGGAAAUAUAUGUCAUGGCUUUGUCCCAACAUCGGGGUGUUAAAGAAGUCACGGAAUGGAUGUCAAAUACGAGCGGCGUUCCAGUUUCAGAAAUCUGCCAGCAUCGGUUUCUUUUAUAUAACAGAGACGCCACUCAUCAUAUUUUUGAAGUAUCCGCCGGUUUAGACUCGUUGGUCCUUGGAGAAGGUCAAAUCCUUGCGCAGGUCAAGCAAGUUGUUAAGAUCGGGCAAGGAAUUGUGGGUUUCGGUAGAAACAUCAGCAGGCUAUUCAAGCACGCGAUAACAGUCGGUAAGCGUGUUAGAACUGAAACAAACAUAGCCUCAGGUGCGGUCUCCGUUAGCUCAGCCGCUGUCGAGCUAGCCCUGAUGAAACUCCCGGAAUCCUCUCACACCACCGCUAGAAUGUUAGUAAUCGGCGCUGGAAAAAUGGGUAAGCUCGUAAUCAAACACCUCGCAGCCAAAGGCUGCACCAAAAUAACAGUGGUUAACCGAUCCGAGAACAGAGUAUCCGCCAUCCGCGACGAAUUGAGCGGAAUAGUAGACAUAUUGUACGAACCUCUCUCGAAUAUAAUGUCCUGCGCGGCGGAAGCCGAUGUUAUCUUCACCAGCACGGCCUCUGAAAAGCCUCUGUUCUUGAAAGAAGACGUGUCCGAAUUCCCUCCUCCGGUUGGUGGGUACAGGCUGUUCAUCGACAUAUCGGUUCCUAGAAACGUGGGUUCUUGCGUUGGGGAUGUUGAGGGGACGAGGGUUUAUAAUGUGGAUGAUUUGAAGGAAGUGGUGGCUGCUAAUAAAGAAGAUAGGGUUCGGAAAGCCAUGGAAGCUGGAACGAUUAUUGAGGAGGAAACUAAAGAGUUUGAGGCGUGGAGAGAUUCGUUGGAGGUGGUGCCGACGAUAAAGAACCUGAGGGCUUAUGGGGAGAGGAUAAGAACGGUUGAGUUUGAAAAAUGUGUUAGUAAAAUGGGGGGUGAGGAAUUGGGGAUGAAGACGAGAAGGGCGGUUGAUGAUUUGAGCAGGGGAAUAGUGAACAAGCUUCUUCAUGGUCCAAUGCAACAUCUUAGGUGCGAUGGGAGUGAUAGCGAAACGCUUAGCGAAACCCUAGAGAAUAUGCACGCGUUGAAUCGAAUGUUUAGUCUCGAUACCGAGAUUCAGGGAAUAGUGAAGAAGCUUCUUCAUGGUCCAAUGCAACAUGGUGCGAUGGGAGCGAUAGCACCUGAAAAGUAUCCAUCUAAGAAAGAAGCUCAAAAUAAGGCAGCUAAACUUGCUUAUGAUCAACUCACCAGUUCGGACCAGACCAUCAAUCCGAUUCCUGAUCAAGUCCUUCCCGUAUGUUUGCCCUCAGAUGCACGACAUAUGUACAAACUACUUUUGCAAGGUUAUGCACAAAAGAGAAAAAUGGGGUUUCCUGAGUAUUCAUCUGAUUGUGAAAGUCCAUAUCUUUCCAAACCCUACAAAGCCAAAGUCACAUUUGGAGGGGAAGUUUAUGAAAGUCCAAAGAUGUAUCGGUCAGUUAAAGAGGCUGAAAUUGCUGCUGCGGCAGUUGCUUGUGAAUUGUUAUUACAAAAUGACAUUCACGAAGAAGAACUUAUCGUAUACAAACCACUUCUACAAGAGAUGUGCACGAAGAAAGGUUUAACCUUGAAAUUUGUGACAACAACAAUGGACAGGAAUAACUUUAUUUCCAGUGUUGAAAUCGACGGGAGGAUUUUUCAUGGGCAAACAAUUGCAACUAAAAAGAAGGCAGAGAUGAAAGCUGCCAAGGUUGCAUAUACUACUAUGAAUCAAGAAUGUAAGAACAUUGUGAUUAUCAGUUUUGUCAAUUUGAAUUGCUAA